AUGUCCUCCGCUCCCGACCCAGCGGAUUCCGUCGGAGGAAGGAAAUCCGCCAAAGCCAUCUUCGCCCCCAGCGGCGCCGACGGCACCCUCCAAGCCGCGCAAUACACAAAGGGCAGCCUCGAGCGUAGCCAACUCGUCUCCGACCCACUGGAGCAGUUCCACACCUGGUUCUCACAUGCCGCGGAAGACCCCUCCACGCCUCACCCGGAGACCGUAACCUUGUCGACCGCCUCCCUGCCGAGCGGCCGUGUUUCCGCACGAAUGGUCUACCUCAAGGAACUCGAUGCCACGGGGUUCGUGAUCUACAGCAACUGGGGCGCGCACUCGGGCAAAUCGCGGGAUUUCUCCAGCGGAAACGGAUGGGCGGCGUUGACGUUCUGGUGGGAGGCGCUGGAGCGCCAGGUGCGGGUCGAGGGACGCAUGGAGAGGCUGUCCGACGCGGAGAGUCAGGUUUACUACGAUGUGCGGGCGCGGGGGAGCCGGAUCGGCGCGUGGGCGAGCGAGCAGAGCAAGGUCCUCAAGGAUCGCGAGGAACUCGAGCAGCGCGUCAAGGAUGUCGAGAGGAGGUUCGAGGGCCAGGACAAGAUCCCUGUGCCGAGCUUUUGGGGCGGUAUGAGGGUCGUCCCGGAGGCGAUGGAGUUUUGGCAGGGGAGGGAGUCGAGACUACACGAUCGGUUUCGAUAUACGAAGGAUGAAGCAGUGGAGGGGGGAUGGAGGAUUGAGAGGUUGAGCCCGUAG